AUGAGUUCUCGUCCUCCGAGUAAGUCGCGAGUGUAUUGUGAUGUUUUAUCAUCCCAUCCAGAGUCAUACUAUGACUAUGAAAAUGUCCAUAUAGAGUGGGGAGUACAAGAUCCGUAUCAAAUAGUCCGGAAAUUAGGUCGAGGGAAAUACAGUGAUGUCUUUGAAGGAGUUGUAGUUGAACAGAAUGUCCCAUGUACGAUUAAAGUCUUGAAGCCUGUCAAGUCGAAGAAGUUCAAUCGUGAGAUUUUAAUACUUGAAGACUUAAGAGAUGGGCCGAAUAUCAUUCAAUUAUAUGAUGUCGUCAUGGAACCGUCGACACGGACGCCUGCUUUAGUAAUGGAAUACGUCGAUAAUGUCGACUUCAGAACGUUAUAUCGGACACUUUCACACGUCGAGCUGUGCUAUUACCUCCGCGAGCUCUUAAAGGCACUCGACUACACUCAUUCGAUGGGAAUCAUGCAUCGCGACAUUAAGCCGCACAACGUGAUGAUCGAUCCUAAGACUAAAAAGCUUCGUUUGAUCGAUUGGGGGCUUGCCGAGUUUUAUAAGCCGGGGACACAAUACAACGUCCGUGUCGCGUCGAGGUUUUAUAAAGGCCCAGAACUCUUAGUAGACUUCCAAGAGUACGACUACUCCUUAGAUAUGUGGAGUGUCGGAUGUAUGAUAGCGACAAUGUUUCUAUUGAAAGACCCCUUAUUUAAAGGCGCAAACAACAACGACCAACUCGUCAAAAUUAUCGACGUCUUAGGCUCCGACGAGUUCCUUGAAUAUGAAAAGACUUAUAAUUUAACUCUCGAAAAAAGACUGAGAGAACAAUUACUCGGAAAGAAAAGAAUCAAGUGGGAAACCUUCAAAAAUGAUACUAAUGAAGCUUUGGUCGACAACACUGUUUUCGACUUGAUGGACAAACUCCUCGUCCUUGAUCACCAAAAAAGACUCACUGCUAAGGAAGCCUUAGAUCAUACAAUUUUCAAGUGUUUAUCUCAGUAA